GUUCUGUGAUGCCGAUGCAACCAAACUUGCUACCAGCUCUCAAGGUAGGUAGCUCUAGCUGUCAUGUCAAACCAGCUAGAGCUAGCUGUUGUGGUUAAGACAAUGUUAUUACUUCCUGUAAGAGGAAAAUAGCUGGCUGGUCUCGCAAACUAGUUACACAGUAGGCUACACUGUGUUUUGAAAAUAUGCUAGGUAGCUAGGUUAAUAACGGACUGUCUGGACUGGGUGGACACUAUUGGUGUCUGAAGAGGACUGCGUUUACUGACAGCACGAUGUCCUCUUGCCUGAUGCGAUGUAUAUGACGUCCACAUGCUAACAUCAAAUUCAGGUUUAGUUAGCUAUACUCCUCCCAGAAUUAAUAAUGUCAGGUGCGAGGAUAAUGACCAAGUUGCGGUCAGCCUUCAAGAAGGAGCGUGACGAUUGGGACCUGAGUGACACGGCACCCUUCGACUUUUCCGACGAGCUGGUAGACGACGAAAUCCCCAAAUUCAACAAGCUGAAAGUGGUUGUUUCGGGGGACAUGGAGGAUUAUUCCGCCGGAGCCUCGUCCAAUGGAGUAGUUGUCAACACGCUGGUGGCAGACGAUGACGACUCCUUGCUGGGUUCUUCUUCAAGUCUUGGUAGUCCUGGGCUCAACAUGGACCCAUGUGAGAGUUGCAUCAAGAAGAAAGAACAGAUCAAAAGGAGGAGAGUGAUGAAGAAACUGGGCUGCGCUGCUCUGCUGUAUUUCCUUUUCAUGAUAGGGGAACUCAUAGGUGGGUAUUUUGCUAACAGCUUAGCCAUAAUGACUGAUGCCCUGCACAUGCUUACGGACCUGGUGGGCAUUGUUGUGUCUUUGCUGGCCCUGUGGCUCUCUGCAAAACCUCCCACCAAGACGUACACCUUCGGACUGCAUCGGCUGGAGGUGGUGUCUGCCGGCAUCAGUGUGCUGCUCAUCUACAUCCUGACGGGAGUGUUACUGAACGAGGCGGUGCAGAGAACUGUACACCAAGACUUCUCCAUAAACGGAGACGUCAUGCUCAUCACUGCAGCCGUAGGAGUGGCUGUCAACCUGAUAAUGGGCUUUUUGCUGAAUCAGAACGGCCACCUCCACUCCCACGGGCACGGGCACGGGCAUGGACAUGGACACUCCCAUGGUCCCCCCUCUUCCUCCGGCCCCCAGUCCUCAGGCCAAGGUCAGCAGAGGAGCCAUGGGAGCCUGGCUGUCCGGGCUGCCUUCAUCCACGCCCUUGGAGACCUGGUACAGAGUGUAGGGGUACUCAUAGCAGCCUACAUUGUCCGCUUCAAGCCAGAGUACAAACUGGCGGACCCUAUCUGUACCUAUGUGUUCUCCGUCCUGGUGCUUUUUACCACCUUCCGUAUUAUACGAGACACAGGAGUCAUCAUACUGGAAGGAGCCCCCAGGCAUUUGGACAUUCAGCGAAUCAAAGAAGACCUUUUGAAGAUUGAAGACGUCCAAUCAGUGGAUGAGCUGAACGUGUGGGCGCUGACUUCAGAUAAGAUCGUUGCGCUGGUACACCUACAGCUCUUGCCCUCUAGUGCCAGUGCGUGGGAGGACGUCCAGGCCAAGUCUCGCCACCUGUUGCUCCACACCUACGGUCUGGCCAGGUGCACCGUGCAGGUCCAGACAUACAGACAGAGGCCCGUAAACACCUGUGGACACUGCCAGCUGCCCAGCACCUGAGGCCUGACACACAGGCCUCGCCUCACAUACCUGCUUCCAGGUGAACGAGUCCAAGACAGGCACAACAGCAUUCAAUGCAACCAGUUCAUCACAGGUCAGUGUUGCAGGAUAUGCAAGUAGACUGACACUUAGGUUUGUGCCAAAGGACAGUAAACUGAACUGACGGUCAGCGGAUGCAAAUGUCUUACUUAAGGGUGGCUACUUCCUCCAGAGACUUUAACCUAUGCCUGCGAAGCUCAAGCUUAAUCUUUAAUCACCAUUAAAGCCUAUGUUUAACUUUGUUCCUCUUUUUGUAUUCAUUUAUUCAGUUGUUAGUGUUGUACUAAGCAAAUGAUUGUCAGAUGUAAUUUUAUUGUUUCUCUUCCUCUUCAAACAAACUGUAUUUCUUUUUAAUUUUUGCUAUUGAAAUGCACAGGUGCCUCUGUCAUGAUAUCAUGUCAUAUGGUCUACAAUGCAUCCUGGGGCUUGUACCAUACAACGAGAUUACUGAAUAAACCGGGCUUAUGUCAGGGAAAGUAACUAACAUAAGCCUGGCUUAUUCGGUAAACACGUUUUAUAGAACAGGCCCCAGGAUGCAUUGUAGACCAUAUGACAUGAUAUCACACAUUUCCAUUGACUUGGAUGCAGCAAGUAGUAUACUCUUGUUUGACUCGUUCUUGUUAUGUAUCCGAUUCCUAUCAUAUCCACAUGCUUUUGUUGAUGUGUCUGAAAAGGGCUGACACUCAUUCUAAGCUUUGCAUGCACCAAUUUUAGAGAGGGGAGUCUUUUUUUGCCUCAGUAACCACAUUAAAACAAAAUUAAUGUACAUGUUUAUUUACCAGCAGCUCAGUAUGAUUGAAAACCAGGAGACAAUCAAAAUUUGGCAGUAUUUGAUUUGUGUUUGACACAAAAGUUAAAGAGGAUCAUGCCUGGUCCUAAUCUGUGCAUAGGAGAUGACAUGAGUACGUUCUUUGAAUGUCUCGUUUUAACGUAAUCUCUUUUCAGCAGACAAGUGAAAAGAUGUUGUCACCAUGUCAGAGAUGUAGUAUUUUCCAAAGCAACUGUACUGAAUUGAAAGGUGUAGAAUGUGCCAAGUCAUGUUAUGGCCUACAAAAGGCUUGUUUGGUUUCUUAAAGGAUCAACAACCUUGCCUGAGAUCAUUGAUAUCAAGAGGAAUUUAAUACUGAAUUUGAGGAGAAACUUUUGAGAGAAACUAUUUUCCAUAUGUUUCCCUUACUAGAGUAAAAUCAGCUCAUGCCUUUUUUGUGUUAUUUAGUGAUUUGCACAUUCCUCCAACUUGAAACUUUUAUUUUGCAGUAUUUUUACAAUACUAAAAUGACAGUUUAAUAUUCUGUAUCUAUUUUGAACUAACAUCAGAUAAUAAGGCACUAAACUGCCUAUUGUCAUGCUUCAUUUUACUAACGGCACGAAUAUCACAGUCUCUCAACUGGAAUACUGAUUGACACCAAGAUGUGAAUGAAUAAACUGUUGUUACAUGCAGAAUAAACCCUUUUGAACACUCAAA